UUAUGCUGGGUGGUACUAACAAUGCUCAGAAAAAUGUACGGUUUGGCUAUUUCUUAUUGUAGCUGAGUAAGCUGUGAUUUACAUCGAAAAUAAGUCUCUCUGGGGAGAGAGAGAAGGAGACCACUGCCUCUAAAAUGAGUCUCUCUGGUGAGAGAGAGGAGGAGACCACUGCCUCUAAAAUUAGUCUCUCUGGGGAGAGAGAGGAGGAGACCACUGCCUCUAAAAUGAGGAUCUCUGGGGAGAGAGAGGAGGGGACCAUUGCCUCUAAAAUGAGUCUCUCUGGGGAGAGAGAGGAGGGGACCGCUGCCUCUAAAAUGAGUCUCUCUGGGGAGAGAGAGGAGGAGACCACUGCCUCUAAAAUGAGUCUCUCUGGGGAGAGAGAGGAGAAGACCACUGCGUCUAAAAUGAGUCUCUCUGGGGAGAGAGAGGAGGAGACCACUGCCUCAAAAAUGAGUCUCUCUGGGGAGAGAGAGGAGGAGACCACUGCCUCUAAAAUGAGUCUCUCUGGGGGGAGAGAGGAUACCACUGCCUCUAAAAUGAGUCUCUCUGGGGAGAGAGAGGAGGAGACCACUGCCUCUGAAGUGAAUCAAGACACCAGUUCCGAGAGUGUCCAGAAGCCCAGAGCGGAGUCACCUACAACCAGCCUGCUAUCAAUGAAGAGUGAUCAGCCACCUGCUUUCAGCCAGGAACCAUUACCAGAUGACAAUAAGGAAGUGGAGAGUUUGGACAGUGAGGAUGCAUUAAAGAUCACACACAACCUUCUGGACAGAAGAAGUCAAACUCUGCUGACAGUCCAACAAGACAUUAAGGCUAAACUGAAACACAAGUAUCAACACAUAUCUGAAGGAAUUGGACACCAUGGAAACCAAAGUCUGUUCAAGGACAUCUACACAGAGCUCUACAUCACAGAGGGUGGAAGUGGAGGGCUCAAUAAUGAACAUGAGGUUAGACAGAUAGAGAUGGCAUCCAAGAAACAAACCACACAAGAGACACCAAUCAAAUGCAAUGACAUCUUCAAGCCUUUACCUGGACAAGACAAACCUAUCAGAACUGUGCUGACCAAAGGAAUCGCUGGCAUUGGAAAAACAGUCUCUGUGCAGAAAGUCAUCCUUGACUGGGCAGAGGGAAAAGCAAAUCAGGACGUUCAUUUCAUGUUUCCUCUUCCUUUCCGUGAUCUGAACCUGAAAAAGGACCAAUACAGUCUGAUGCAACUUCUUUCCUAUUACUUCCCAGAGCUGAAAGAGAUUGACAGCAUUGAAGAUGGUGAAACCAAAACUGUUUUCAUUUUUGAUGGUCUGGAUGAGUGUCGACUUCCUCUAGACUUCAAAAACAAUGAGAAGUGCUGUGAUGUCGCGAAGCCAACCUCAGUGGACAUGCUGCUGACAAACCUCAUUGAGGGGAAUCUGCUUCCCUCUGCUCUCCUCUGGAUAACCACACGGCCUGCAGCAGCCAAUCAGAUCCCUCCUGAGUGUGUUGACCAGGUGACAGAGGUACGAGGUUUCAAUGAUCCACAGAAGGAGGAGUAUUUCAGGAAGAAAGUCACAGAUCAGAAUCUGGCCAAAGGAAUCAUCAAACACAUGAAGACAUCAAGGAGCCUCCACAUCAUGUGCCACAUGCCAGUCUUCUGUUGGAUAUCAGCCACUGUCCUUGAGAUGAUACUGAAAGUGGCAGAGAAAUAUGAAGUCCCCAAAACUCUGACCCAGAUGUACUCACACUUCAUGCUCAUCCAAAUCAUUGUGAAGAACAAGAAGUACAACAAAGCCACAGAGACAAACCCAAAGGAACUGUCUCAGUCAGACAAAGAGAUGAUCCUGAAACUGGCAAAGCUGGCUUUCCAACAGCUGCAGAAGGGCAACCUGAUGUUCUAUGAGGAGGACCUGAGAGAGUGUGGCCUUGAUGUCACAGAGGCAUCAGAGUACUCAGCAUUGUGUACAGAGAUCUUUAAAGAAGAAUCUGGGCUGUACCAAGACAAGGUCUACAGCUUUCUGCAUCUGAGCAUUCAGGAGUUUCUAGCAGCAGUGCAUGCUUUAGAAUCAUGUCUGGACAAGAAGGAAAAUGUUUUCUCCCCCACUAGUGAUGAUGAAGAGAAGGAGUCAAUCCAGUUGUCUGACUUACACAGGAGCGCAGUGGACCAGGCCUUGAAGAGUGAGAAUGGACACCUGGACCUGUUCCUCCGCUUCCUUCUGGGUCUCUCACUGGCGUCCAAUCAGAAUCUGUUAAGAGGCCUUCUGACACAGACAGGAAGUACAACACAGACCAAUGAGGAAACAGUCGAGAGGACAGUCAGGUACCUUUCAGACAAGAUCAACCAGGAAUCCUCACCAGAAAGGAUCAUCAACUUGUUCCACUGUCUGAAUGAACUUGGUGCCAACUCUCUAGUUGAAAACAUGCAGACCUCCCUGCGAUCAGGAACUCUUUCAGAAACAGAGCUAAAACCUGACCAAUGUUCAGCCCUGGCCUACCUGUUACUGAUGUCAGAGGAGGUGCUGGAGGAGUUUGACCUGAAGACAUACAACACAACAGAGAAAGGUUAUCAGAGGUUGCUUCCGGUAGUGAAAACCUGCAAGAGAGCACUACUAACUGGCUGUAAACUGGCAUAUAAAUUCUGUGAGACUCUGGCCUCAGCUCUGCAGACACCAAACUCCCCCCUGAGAGAACUGGACCUCAGCAACAAUGACCUGGAAGACCGAGGAGUGGAGCUGCUCUGUGUUGGACUAACCAGUCCACUCUGCAACAUACAGACACUAGUACUAGCUGGCUGUAAACUCACAUAUAAAUCCUGUGAGACUCUGACCUCAGCUCUGCAGACACCAAACUCCCCCCUGAGAGAACUGGACCUCAGCUACAAUGACCUGGGAGACAGAGGAGUGGAGCUGCUCUGUGUUGGACUAACCAGUCCACUCUGCAACAUACAGACACUAGUACUAGCUGGCUGUAAACUCAAAUAUGAAUCCUGUGAGACUCUGGCCUCAGCUCUGCAGACACCAAACUCCCCCCUGAGAGAACUGGACCUCAGCUACAAUUACCUGGGAGACAGAGGAGUGGAGCUGCUCUGUGUUGGACUAACCAGUCCACUCUGCAACAUACAGACACUAGAUCUGGGUCAGUGUGGUCUGACAGAGGGUUGCUGUUCAGAUCUGGCCUCAGUCCUGAGUUCACCCAACUCACAACUGAAACAACUGGAGCUGAGAGACAAUGACCUGCAGGACAUAGGAGUUACACUGCUGUCUGUUGGACUGGAGGAUCCAGACUGUAAACCACACACACUGGGGCUGUCUGGCUGUCUGGUCACAGAGAAGGGCUGUGCUGCUCUGUCUUCAGCUCUGAGGUCAAACCCCUCCCACCUGAAAGAGCUGGACCUGAGCUACAAUCACCCAGGAGACUCUGCAGGGGGACUGCUUUCAGCUGCUCUGGUGGAUCCCACAUAUAAACUGAUGAAGCUGAAUGUGGAUCAGGGUGGAGAGUGCAGGCUGAAAUCAGGGCUGAGGAAAUAUAACUGUCAUCUCAGCCUGGACCCAAAUACAGCACACCCAAACCUGAUUCUGUCUGAGGGGAACAGGAAGGUGACAUGGGUGGAAGAGAAGCAGCAUUAUGAAGACCAUCCAGACAGAUUUAAUCGUCUAUCCCACAUUCUCUGCAGAGAAGUCUUAUCUGGAGGUCGUUAUUACUGGGAGGUGGAGAAGGAUGGUAGCAAGGCUUACAUUGGUGUGGUGUACAAAGGAAUGAAGAGGAAGGGAUGGGAGGAUGACAGUAGAAUUGGAGCCAAUAGGAAGUCCUGGUGUUUAGUCUGCUCUGACAGUGGUUAUCACUUUUACCAUGCUGGAGUCAACAGAUCCAUCUCUCGUCGUGAUUGGAGGAGAUCCCUCUCUGGUCCUGUUCCUAACAGAGUUGGAGUGUAUCUGGACGGGCCAGCUGGUACUUUGUCCUUCUAUAGUGUGUCCUCCUCUGGUACACUGACACACCUUCACACAGAACUCACCACAUUCACUCAACCCCUCUAUCCUGGGUUUGGGGUUUACUCGUCCUCCUCAGUGACCCUGUGUCAGAUGGAUGACCAACACAUUCAGAGAGACCAUGGUGGAGAGAGUUGGAUCAAGCCUGGACCUGAGAACCCCAGAGACCAUGGUGGAGAGUGUUGGAUCAAGCCUGGACCUGAGGACACCAGAGACCAUGGUGGAGAGAGUUGGAUCAAGCCUGGACCUGAGAAAUGGAUUCCUCAGAGCUGUAAGACUUGUGACCAUGUUGAGGACUCCACACACUGGCUUCAGAUUGAACCCUUGACUUCCACUGUCCAGGGAGUGACAAUGUUCAGACACAGGACACCCAAAGGGAGUUAUGAGUGCACAGUGUCUGGGCUCCGCUGGCUGUGUGAGAGAGAUGUCAUUCUGAAGUAUCACUUCAGGAACUGGGAACCCUACAGUCAACUUCUGAAAGACAUGCAGUACACACAAGCUGGUCCAUUGCUGGACAUCACUAUGGAGUUAGGUGAACUGGAGGAAGUUCAUCUGCCACACUUUGUCUGUUUAGGGACCAACCCUUCCCUGAGGAAUGAGAUGAAGAUUCUUCAUGUAGAGGAACAUGGAGUGUCUUUAGAGGAAGUGCAUGAGGUCACCAGAUUCCAUGCUAAGAUUCUCCAUCCCAAGUUCUCAGCUAUCUCUCUGAUACUGAGAUUACUGUCUUGGAACGUAGAUGUCCACUGUGACGUGGUCCUCUAUUUGGCAGUAAAAAGGUCAACAGUAAUUUCAAGGCUGUACCUGCUCCUCAGAAACUCCAGUCAGAAAGAGGCUGUUCAGGAACGGGAGAAAAAUCAGCUGUCCCAAGGAUAUUCAGAAUUGGUCCUGUCAAGUCCAAAUGGGUCCUUAAAGCUGAACAGUUGGUUUGCACUCAAAAAUCCCCACUCCACAUCCAUCAAUCCAGAGAAGAUUCAGCUGUUACCUGCAGACACCACACCAAGCUGUUGUCAGAUGAUUAUGGGAAACACAGGGGUUGACAUUGAGAUGGAGUUAAUCGGGGAUGAUGAGAGGACAGUAUGGAAAUCAGUGGUAUCAAAAGACGAAUACAGCAAAGACUCUCAUCCAAUAUCAUUAACACUCCCUGGGAUUCCUGCUGAGGAGUUUCUGAAGAAACACAGGGCUAAACUCAUUCAGGGAGUAAAAAAUCCAAUGCCGAUAGCAGAUGAUCUGCUGUCAAAGGACAUGAUUGGUGAUGAAGAGUACUCCAGAAUAACAGCUGAAACAACUGAACAGGAGCGAAUGAGAGAACUACUGAAUGCAGUCCUCCCUAAAGGACCAGAAGUGAUGGGAGCUUGUCUCAAAGCUCUCAGUGAACAUGAAUACCAUCUUGUUAAGCACUUGAGUGAAUCUAGCACCUAAUCUGAAGAUGCUGAGGCCUGUCUCCUAGUCUGUGGACAGUUACACUUCUCCACCUAAUCUGAAGAUGCUGAGGCCUGUCUCCUCGUCUGUGGACAAAGACACUUCUUCACCUAAUCUGAAAAUACUGAGGCCUGUCUCCUAGUCUGUGGACAAAGACACUUCUUCACCUAAUCUUAAGUUGCUGAGGCCUGUCUCCUAGUCUGUGGACAAAGACACUUCUCCACCAAAUCUGAAGAUGCUGAGGCCUGUCUCCAAGUCUGUGGACAAAGACACUUAAAUGAUUGUUAGGGAAAUGUUUAUGUUUGUGCUAUUCUUUUAACAAAUGUCUGUAUUUUAUUCAUGUGCUGUUCUAUAAACCAAUGUGUGUUCAUCAAGUGGCUGACUGUACAAAUCCUCACUAUCAGUAGCUGUAAUUUGGCAGUAAACCAAGAUGAUGUUUUGAGAACGAGAUAUCUCAGUUUCAAGGUCUCAGCUUAGAGAGAAGAAGACAGGUGAGGUGUUGGUCUGUCAAAUGUUAUGAACCAUUAUUGGUCGGUCACAUGAAUGGAACAAAACGGUAAUGAUUCAUUUAUUAUGCUAAAUCAUGCAAAUAUAACUUGUCUGUGUAUAGCCGUAUAUAAGACAACUGCUGGGUCUGACCAGGGAGAGCUCCUGAUUGACAUGUGUACUAUGGUACAUUGAGUUGGGUCUGACCAGGGAGAGAUCCUGAUUGACAUGUGUACUAUGGUACAUUGAGUUGGGUCUGACCAGGGAGAGAUCCUGAUUGGUUGGAACCUCUCCAGCUCGAUGACAAUAAACAACG